AUGGAACAUCGAACAAGAAAAAGAAUUCGUGAAGUAAAAAAAAAGCAAGACCAGGUAACCGAAUUAUGUGAAAAAGGUUCUUGGGAAAGUCUUCAAAUAUUUAAAAAAUUCAAUGAAUUUACUAACGUUGAAGAUAAUUGUGAGAGGAUAAACGUAUCAGAUGUUUCUCCCCAAGAUUUUAUAGAAAAAUAUGAAAAAUGGUAUAAACCUGUAGUUAUCUGCGGUUUGCAAGAAAAUUGGAAAGCAAAACAUAAGUGGAAUUUAGAGAGUUUGGGGAAAAAGUAUAGAAAUCAAAAAUUUAAAUGUGGAGAAGAUAAUGAAGGCUAUAGUGUAAAAAUGAAACUUAAGUAUUAUAUUGAAUACAUGAAAACUACAUUAGAUGAUAGUCCAUUGUAUAUUUUCGAUAGUAGCUUUGGUGAACAUGCUAGAAGAAAGAAACUUUUGGAUGAUUAUGAAGUGCCUAUUUACUUUAGAGAUGAUUUAUUACACCAUGCUGGUGAAGAACGACGACCCCCUUAUCGAUGGUUCGUAAUGGGACCAGCUCGUUCGGGAACGGGGAUACACAUAGAUCCUUUGGGAACAAGUGCAUGGAAUGCACUAGUCGUAGGAUACAAAAGGUGGUGCCUAUUUCCUACUCAUACACCUCGUGAGUUAAUUAAAGUAACAGGCAUUGAAGGAGGAAAACAAAGAGAUGAAGCUAUUACAUGGUUUUCUGUAAUUUAUCCUAGAACAAAACUACCUGAUUGGCCUCAAGAUUGUAAACCGCUUGAAAUUUUACAAAAACCUGGUGAAACAGUAUUUGUUCCUGGUGGAUGGUGGCAUGUAGUAUUAAAUUUAGAAAAUACAAUUGCAGUUACUCAUAAUUUUUGUAGCAGAACCAAUUUUCCCGUCGUGUGGCAUAAGACAAUGAGAGGACGUCCGAAAUUAUCAAAAAAAUGGUAUCGACGCCUUAAGGAAAUAGAUCCAACAUUAGCUGAAAUAGCCGACAGCGUAGAUCCUACUCGUUCGACUGGUAUCGCCUCAGAUUCAUCUUCUUGCUCUACUUCAAGCUCAAGUAGUGAUUCUAGUGACACGUCAUCAAGUGAAGAUAGUGGACAAGGAUCUCUAUCAGCUCAUAAAAAGAAAAAAAGACUAAAAAGACAAGAAAGUAAUGCAAAUGUAAAUCAAUGA